AUCAUUUGUGUAGAUGAUGCCGAUACCUUAAGGCGAAAGAGACAAAAACUUAAUAACAACUCAAGCUCGAUACUUUUCAAACAUGUAGCAGAAACUGAGAAGCAUACCAGAAAUCAACCUAUUAGUUUUAAUAUCGUCAAAGCUGAACCAGCUGGCCGGAUAUCGCCGUUUGGAGCUCCGAGUACGAGUGUAGGAAAUUUCGGUCUGCAGUCUACAAUAUCAUCCUCACAACCAUACAAUAGCAUGCAAACCCUAAGGCCUCAGGUAUCUCCAGGACGAACACCAUCCCCUAUGGAAUACAAUGUUUAUAGCCCAUCUCUCGUGCAACAGCAAUAUCAACCAAACAUCCAACCAUUGAUGUCAAACACGACGACAGAUAUUCAAACAUUUUCUUAUGUAGAUCAACUGCAAUUACAACCGGAACCAAAUCUAUUGAUGUUAAACAAAGUAACGCCUUUAAAUCAAGCAGAAUCCCAGUCAACGAACAAUAUUGGCAUCGUAGGAGCCAUGUCUAGUAUCCUAGACAUGGAUAGUCAACAAUUUAAUUUUGACUCUGCUGAUCUCGCGGAUUUUGGAGCAAAUCUCUCUGCAAAUCUGUCGACUGGAUUAUCUAUCUCUGACUCUAUACAACCCGAAGUUGUUGGGAGUCAUUCCGAAGAAAGGAAUAGUAUGACUGAACAUAUUACUUGGAUAAACGAAGAACUUUCCGCUCUAAAUAAGAUACUCAAACCUAAUCGAGAAAAUGAUGGCUGAAAACUUUAUUAAAAUGACCUGAUAUCAGUUAAUUGUGACCGACGCCGGAAUCAUAAGAAAUUUGCAACUGAUUAUAUAUAUGUAUUUUAUACAUUACAAGUGCUCUCUCCACUGCCAUUAAAACAAAAAAAAUAAUCAAAUCUUUUUUCUUUUCGCAGUAAAUAAAAGAACAUUUGAUAUACAAAAAUAACCAGAGUAUGCAAAACGAUAAUUUUGAGCUUUAAUCUCUUCUACUCACAAUCUAUAUUUUUAUACAUACUCAAUUUAUAUUUUAUAAAAGUGUGUAGAGAGAAAGUCAAAAAAGAAACAUCAUAUUUUCUAAGUGAAUAAUAUUAUAAUAUACACGAAUUAUUAAUACUAUGAAUAUUGAUUAAAACAAAAUUACGAAAUCUUAAUGUUUGUGAUGAAAUUUAUCUGACAGUAACAUAUAGGCAAUUACCUAUUCAGAAUAAAUUAUUCAGUCGGUCAUGAAACUGAUAUGUGCGAAAUGUAAUAUAUUUGUUUGUCGACAUCACAGAUUGAGAUGUUAAUUUAAUUUGAGAUAAAACGAUUGAGAUAAUGCUCGGACUUGUGAUCAAAGUUCAUAAUUUGUUUUUUGUAUAAUUGAUUCUCCCGAUACUCCUGAUGAAAAAUUGAGUUUUGCGCAAUAAGCAGAAAAAAGUUGUCGAGAUAAAUUAUUCAUGAGACAAGUUAUUAUAAAUGAUAAUUAUAAAUUAUUAAAUUAGAUGAAUAUUUGUAGGAGUAAUUUCUCUCUCGCGUUUUUUUACGCUUGUACUUUUUAUUUUUUGCACAAUCACGUGUCUACAAAACUACGUUUAUAAAUCUGUAUAUUUGUAAAUAUAUAUAUAUAUAUAUAUAUAUGAUUGUUAUACAUUUAGAUGUUGAUAUACUCGAAAAAAGCGCACGAUAAAAAGAUAUUGAAAUCAAUGUACUCAAAAAUUUCAAUGGAUGUUCCGUCCAACUAUUUUUUAUGUAUAUAUUAUGCGGUUUUUUAUUUAAGAAUAAUGUAUGUAAGAGGAUACGUAUGCGUAUGCAAAUUCUCCAAUCUAUCAAUUUUAUUAAGAUUAAGUAAAUAUAUGGUAAUCGUGUAACGAGACGAUUGUCUUGAUAUAAAAUAUAUUUUUACAAUAACAUAUCUCAGGUAAUUCGUUAUUACUAAAAUAUUACAAAGCGCGCGUGUAACGCGCGUCAUUUGUUUCUUUGUCAUGUAUUAUUGUGAUGCAAGUGUAGAUACCAGAUAGGAAUCAUGCACAGGAUAUGUAAAUGUAGAAAAUGAGAAAUAAUCAAUCGACAUAUAACUAUA